AAUUGACAAGCCACUCAAACCGUCAUGAUCAUAGCUGGCUAUCAAAGCUGCCUGACUAACCAAGUAGCUACAAUAUGGUUGUGGUUGAAAUAUAUUGAAGAAUCUGAUCUUUAAAAAAAGGAAAAACGCAGGGGAACCUACUUAGGACACGAGGACGUUGCCUUUUUUAUUAUUCGUAAAGGUAUACUUUCUCUGGGUCCAAUUUGUGGUGGUAAAGCGUUGCCAUGGACACCACCACCUCUCUGAAGAUGACCACUUCGGCCAUCCAGACUCUGUUUGCUUAUGUUGAGGAGGACAACAUUUCUGCCAUGAAAGCACACCUCGACAAGUUCAGGGACGUGGACAGCAGGAGUGAGAAUGGACUGACUCCCCUGAUGGUGGCAGCAGAGCAGGGCAGCUUGGAGAUGGUCCAGGAGCUCAUCAGAAGAGGCGCCAACGUCAACCUAGACGAUGUGGACUGCUGGACGGCGUUGAUCUCGGCGGCAAAGGAAGGCCAUGUGGAUGUGGUUCGGGACCUGCUGGCCAACAAUGCCAACCUGGAGCACCGAGACAUGGGGGGGUGGAGUGCCCUCAUGUGGGCUGCUUAUAAGGGUCGUGUGGAAGUGGCCAAGCUGCUGCUGGAAAAGGGAGCGAGCCCAAACAUCACCGGUCAGUAUAGCGUCUACCCCAUCAUCUGGGCGGCUGGGCGAGGCCAUGCUGAGGUAGUUCAUCAACUGAUUCAGCACGGAGCCAAAGUCAACUGCUCUGACAAAUAUGGUACCACUCCGCUGAUCUGGGCCGCCAGGAAGGGUCAUUACGACUGUGUGAUGCACCUGUUGGUCAAUGGGGCUGAUGUGGAUCAGGAGGGUGCGAAUUCGAUGACGGCUCUGAUCGUGGCGGUCCGUGGUGGUUUUACCGAGGUGGUGAAGGAGCUACUUCAGAGGAACCCAAAUGUGAACAUGACGGACAAGGACGGCAACACGGCCCUGAUGAUCGCUGCCAAGGAGGGCUACACCGAGAUCGUCCAGGAUCUGCUGGACGCCGGCACCUACGUCAACAUACCGGACAGGAGUGGGGAGACUGUGCUGAUUGGAGCGGUUAGAGGAGGUCAUGUUGAUAUUGUCCGAGCCCUUCUGAACAAAUAUGCUGACAUCGAUGUCAGAGGACAGGACAGUAAGACGGCCCUCUACUGGGCUGUGGAGAAAGGCAACGCCACCAUGGUGAGAGACAUCCUGCAGUGUAACCCGGACACCGAGAGCAGCACCAAGGAUGCAGAAACCCCUCUGAUCAAAGCCACCAAGAUGAGGAACAUCGAGAUAGUGGAGCUUUUGCUGAGUAAAGGGGCCAAGGUGUCUGCAGUGGACAAGAAAGGAGACACAGCCCUUCACAUCGCCAUCCGAGGGCGAAGCCGGAAGCUAGCUGAGCUACUCCUAAGGAACCCAAAAGAUGGCCGCCUCCUCUAUCGCCCCAACAAGGCCGGGGAAACCCCCUACAACAUCGACUGCACCCACCAGAAGAGCAUCCUCACCCAGAUCUUUGGAGCCAAGCACCUGUCUCCCUCCGAGUGUGACGGGGACAUGCUGGGUUAUGACCUGUACAGCAGCGCCCUGGCUGACAUCCUCAGUGAACCCACCAUGCAGCCGCCCAUCUGUGUGGGCCUGUACGCCCAGUGGGGCAGCGGAAAGUCCUUCCUGCUGAAGAAGCUGGAGGAUGAGAUGAAGACGUUUGCAGGCCAGCAGGUUCAGCCUUUGUUCCAGUUCUCCUGGCUGGUCGUGUUCCUCACCCUCCUGCUGUGUGGGUCGGUAGCUCUGGUCCUGGGCUUCACUGUUGACCCUCGUCUGGCCGUUGCUGUCUGCCUCAGUCUCCUCGCCCUGCUCUACGUCUUCUUUGUGUUGGUGUACUUCGGGGGUCGUCGGGAGGGGGAGAACUGGAACUGGGCCUGGGUUCUGAGUACCCGUCUGGCCCGACAGGUGGGCUACCUGGAGCUGCUGCUGAAACUCAUGUUCGUUAACCCCCCUGAUCUUCCUGAGCAGACCACCCGUGCUCUGCCUGUCAGGUUCCUGUUCACGGACUACAACCGUCUGUCCAGCGUGGGGGGGGAGACGUCCAUGGCUGAGAUGAUAGCCACCCUGUCUGACGCCUGUGAGAGGGAGUUCGGCUUCAUGGCCACACGCCUCUUCAGGGUCUUCAAGAACCAGGAGAACCACGGUAAGAAGUGGAAGAAGACGUGUUGUGUUCCGAGCUUCCUGCUGUUUGUCUUGACGCUGUGCUGCCUGGUUACUGCCAUGGCACUGCUGGCCAUCUUCAAAGUGCAGCGUGAGAACCUGACGGUAAACGCUGUUCUGAUCGCCAUGGCGAGCGUGGUGAGCCUAGCCCUGCUGUUGAACUGUAAGACCUGGUGGCUGGUGGCCGACUCGGUGCUCAACUCCCAGAGGAAGAGGCUUCACAGCGCCGCCAACAACCUGCACAAGCUGAAGAGCGAGGGCUUCAUGAAGGUGUUGAAGCAUGAGGUGGAGCUGAUGUCCAAGAUGGCCAAGACCAUCGACGGCUUCACCCAGAACCAGACACGCAUGGCGGUCAUCAUCGACGGCCUGGAUGCCUGUGAACAGGACAAAGUGUUGCAGAUGCUUGACACUGUGAGGGUUCUGUUCUCCAAAGGCCCCUUCAUCUCAAUCUUUGCCAGCGACCCCCACAUCAUCAUCAAAGCCAUCAACCAGAACCUGAACAGCGUUCUCCGGGACUCCAACAUCAACGGCCACGACUACAUGAGGAACAUCGUCCAUCUGCCCGUGUUUCUCAACAGCCGCGGCCUGAGCACGACCAGGAAGCUGUGCCUGACCACGCCCACCCACAACGGAGACCCGGCCAAUCCUGAGGGGUGGCUUGACGAGAUGGACAGGAAGCUGUCCUCAAACAGUCUGGGAGACCAGGCCAAGUUCGGAAGCAAGACCGCCCUCAACCGCAGGGACACAUAUCGCCGGCGUCAGAUGCAGAGGACCGUCACCAGGCAGAUGUCCUUUGACCUGACCAAGCUGCUGGUCACUGAAGACUGGUUCAGUGACAUCAGCCCCCAGACCAUGAGGAGACUCCUCAACAUCGUAUCUGUUACAGGUCGUCUGCUGAGAGCCAAUCAGAUCAUCUUUAACUGGGACCGUCUGGCGUCGUGGAUCAACAUGACUGAAGAGUGGCCCUACAGAACCUCCUGGCUGAUCCUCUUCCUGGAGGAGACAGACGGCAUCUCUGAUCAGGUCACCCUUAAGACCAUCUAUGAGAGAAUCUCAAAAAACAUCCCCACCACCAAAGACGUUGAGCCACUGCUGGAGAUUGAUGGGGACGUCCGCAGCUUCGAGGUGUUCCUGUCCUCCAGGACGCCCAUGCUCACAGCCCAUGACGUGGAGAUGUUCCUGCCCUGCACCGUCAACCUGGACCCCAAACUCCGGGAGAUCAUCGCAGACGUCCGUGCUGCCAGAGAACAGAUGCCCAUUGGAGGAGUGACGUAUCCCACGCUGCCCCUGCAGGAUGCCCCUGUCCGCACCUCUGCCUUCAACCAGCACUCAGCCUCCUGCUCCCCAUCAGGCUCCUUCACUGGUUCCCUGCCCCCCCCAGGGAUGGUGGCCCCCCAGCCUCACAGCAGCUACUACAGCAUGCCCACCCCACAGCACCCCUUCUACACCCGGCCCUACUUCCCCCAUCAUGAGUAUCACCUGCCUCGGCAUCACAACAACUCCCAUCAUCCCCCUGCCCUGACCCAGUCACGCCCCUCCAUUAAAGCUGGCUACGCCAGGGACCCCAAUGGACUUGAUGUGAUCAUGGAGGACACCAGAGAGAGUCUGCCCUCCCCCACAUCUGCCCCCCCCAUGCAGUUCUUGUCACAGCCUUUCAGACCUAAGCAGCAGGGUUCUGGUCCUGGGAUACUGGGCGGUCCGCUGGUACUCCUGAGCUCUCUGAACACAGAUGCAGUGUGUGAGCGUGUCAAAGAGAUCGACGGCAUGGACCCUAGCAUGUUGGUCCAGUACACCAACACCAUCAAGAAGGCCAAUGUAAAUGGCCGGGUGCUGUCCCAGUGCAACCUGGAAGAGUUGAAGAAAGAGAUGAACAUGAACUUUGGAGACUGGCAACUCUUCAGAGGGAUGGUGAUGGAGCAGCGUCACAGGGAGAACCAGGCCCUCCAGGAGGAGUCACGAGGGGGCAGCGAGCAGGGCAGCAGUGUGAUCAAUGUGGAGGCGGCCGGGAGGCCUGGGCAGGGACCUCCUCCGGAGGUGGGCUACAGCUUCAACCUCAGCUUUGAGGAGCUCAGCAAUGUGGGCCUGGAGGAGCCCACUCAGAGACACAGGGACACGACACAGCCUUGGACCACGACCGCCACCCACCGAACCCCCAGCAUGUCCAGCCUCAACUCCCAGGAGUCGUCCAACGACAUCUGCAAGCUGACGGACAAGCAGCAGGCCGAGUACCGCGAUGCCUACCGUGAGUACAUCGCCCAGAUGACCCAGCUGGAUGUGACGGGAGGUGGGGGAGGGAGGCCCGUCCAGCCUCACCCGGGCCAGUUCCUCCAGAGCAGGGAGGUCAGGGAUGCCAAAGACCCAGAGGACAGGGCCAAAGACGGGGCCGAACUGGAGGCCCGUAAGCCUUUCUCCUCCAAGAGAGGAGCGAAAGCUGCAGACGUGGGGGACACCGACGCCCCCCUGGACCCUAUCAGUGAGGAGGAUGAGAAGCUGGACUCCAGCACCUCGAAAGCAGUGGGCUCCAAGAUGAAGGGAGCAGGGCCACGAUAUCACAAAGUACCCAGUGAUGAUGUGGAGGGGUACGGGCCAGACGUUUCAGACAACACCCCUCUGCUCCAGGAAGAAGGAAAGCAGGGGGGUGCCAUCGCCCUGGACAAGAAGGACUCCGCCGACUCUGGGUUGAGAUCUGACGAGAGCUCCUCCGACCAAUCCCUGGAGGAAAUCCAGGAGGAAGGGGUUAGUGAGCCCAGUCUGAUGGAGCUAGAGGGUCUGGUCAGAAAGAGGGGUCUUCUGCCCAGCAGUCUGAGUGGCCUCCAGGAUUUCACUGUCGCCCGCAUGUCCAUCUGUUCUGAGGCCCCGUCCGAGGGCAGCCUGAUGGCAUCCAGCCCGGACGAGGUCUGGUUCCCCUCCAACCUCAACCUUCCUGAGAGCUCCACUGUGCUCAACAACAACAGCAACAGCUGCAACAACGCAGCCACCACCACCCACUCCGAGAGCUCCACCUCGGUACUCAUCACCCCCGGCUCCAGCUCUGAAUCCACCUCCAUCAUGGGGCCCAUCCAGAACCAGAACCUGCGCGGGAUCAUCCUCAAGAGGGUCAUGGGUACUGGGGCCCCUGAUGCUGUCGUCGUGGAGGAUGAGAGGGAGAGCGUCCUGUGAGAUGUGUCCGGGACAAAAUGGAAGGCCCAUAUUACAGAUAUGUUGGUUGAUAUGGUGAAACGUUACAAAAACUGGAAUAUAAUUUACAUGAAUAUAAUUCAAAUCAGGUCAAUUCAUUUGUGAUGAAAUUAUGGUCUGUUACAUAGCAUUCACACAAUAGAAAUCAAUUUGGAAUUAUAGAAAUGAAUGUCCUGGUUAGUUCACAAAACAAGCUUGGGAUGUAUUUUGGGCAAUCAUUAAUUCAAAAUGGCCUAAAAUAAAAUGUGCGUCACAAAGAAGUGACAGCGCUUAUUAAGUUUUGUGAAAUAUGCGUUGUGAGGAAAUUGCAGUGUUUAUUAGGUGUUGUGAAAUGUGUGUCAUUAUAAUUGCAGUGUUAAUUAGGUGUUGUGAAAUAUGCGUCAUGCUGAAAUGGCAGUGCUUAUUAGGUGUUGUGAAAUAUGCGUCAUGCUGAAAUGGCAGUGCUUAUUAGGUGUUGUGAAAUAUGCGUCAAGCUGAAAUGGCAGUGCUUAUUAGGUGUUGUGAAAUAUGCGUCAAGCUGAAAUGGCAGUGCUUAUUAGGUGUUGUGAAAUAUGCGUCAUGCUGAAAUGCAGUGCUUAUUAGGUGUUGUGAAAUAUGCGUCAAGCUGAAAUGGCAGUGCUUAUUAGGUGUUGUGAAAUAUGCGUCAUGCUGAAAUGGCAGUGCUUAUUAGAUGAUGUGAAAUAUGCAUCACGCUGAAAUGGCAGUGCGUAUUAGGUGUUGUGAAAUAUGCGUCACGCUGAAAUGGCAGUGCAUAUUAGGUGUUGUGAAAUAUGCGUCACACUGAAAUGGCAGUGCUUAUUAGGUAUUGUGAAAUAUGCGUCACGCUGAAAUGGCAGUGCUUAUUAGGUGUUGUGAAAUAUGCGUCACGCUGAAAUGGCAGUGCUUAUUAGGUGUUGUGAAAUAUGCGUCACGCUGAUAUGAUAGUGCUUAUUAGGUGUUGUGAAAUAUGUGUAAUGCUGAAAUGGCAGUGCUUAUUAGGUGUUGUGAAAUAUGCGUCAUGCUGUAAUGGCAGUGCUUAUUGGGUGUUGUGCUGCCUGUUCCAAACUGUUGGAUAAUUGUAGUUGAUAGUGUGAAGUGUUUGUCUGUAUGAAUGCGUUUUGCUGUGCUGGUGAUGACCAGGGCAGUGAGGUUUGUGCAGUGUUUUGUGCGGUCGUUCCUGAUUGGUUACUGAGAAAUCUGAAUUAACUGUAUGGGCCAGUCUAAACCUAGUCCGGGACUAAACAAUCAAACUCAAAUGGAGGAUUAGGCUUAAUCUGGGUCCGUGAAACAGCCCUAUGUGUUUGAAAAUUAGAUGUUGUGUUUUUAUAUUGUAGUCAACAAGUUUCAAUAAUAACCUGUCAUAUUCAGAUGUGUUAAUUGUAGCCCUGCUGCGAAUUGAUAUUGAGACACAUUGUCCCUAACUUGUGACUGAGUCUGUUUGCCCAGUAAUGUAUUGAUGAUCUGUUGUGCUGUAGUUGAGAAAAGAUGUGAACUCUUUAACAUGAAGAAUGAAGGUGUAGACCACCUUGACUUUCUAUGCUAUGAGAAACAGUCUUUUUCUUGCUCUGAUUGUCUUUCUGAGGUUCUGAACCUCUUACCAAGUGCGAUGUGAAUCCAUGAUUUUGUGAAACAAUAAACGUGUUGGCUAUCUGUU